CAAAGCACUCUCCAUCCUGUGACUGAAAUGACUAAAGAUCUGCUAAAGAACAUUACUGACAUUUUGUCGAUACUUAAGGAAGUUAAAAAAGAAUUUGAGAAGCGAGCAGCUCAGUUGGAUGGUGCCAAGCUGGAACACUUUCAGCAGUUAAACAACAGUUUAAUAAUAGCAGAGGUGGAAGCUAUAGCCCAGGCAGAGGAGCAUGCAAAGGAGCUCAAAAGAGUGGUGACAGAAUUACAACAAGCGCUUCAUACCGCUACUAACAGCACUUCACUGGUCAGCCUCCUGGGUAUAGGGGCCUAUGACAGCAUCAUUAAGGCAGUAGAAAUGGCUGAGAAGGCAGCAAAGGAGUCCAAAAGGGCUGCUGAUCAAACCUUAAAGGAUGUGAAGAAGGGAGGUCUGAUCAGCAGGUCUGAACAGCUGAAAGAUAACUCAAGUCAUCUAUGGAGGGAAACCAGAGACACUCAAAGUCACCUUAAAACGGUGUCACGUACAGUAAAUGCUCACAGGAAUCGUGUAAAUAAACAAAAGAAAAAAAGAAGAUCACUGAGAAUCGACACCUCAUCCAUCGGUGACAAACUCAAAGAGAUCAAAAGAGAUGACACAGCGGCACUGAUAGUGUCUGUGAAAACUGCUGCUUCCGAUGCUAACGCUACAGUCAGCAGUGUGAAAGAGAGACUGAGAAAUAUCAGCGAGGAAGUGGGAAGAAUAACUUUAACCAAUAUCAGUGUGAAUAUAAAUGACAUGUUGACAGAUGCAGACCAGGCUGUAAAAAGCUUCAACAAAGCAUUCCCUGUGAUGAGUGACAAGCUCGCAGAAGUCAAGGCUCUUGGUAGGAGGAUGUCACCUCACCCAAACAUGACAGAAAGCAUCCAGAGAAUCAAGGACAUAAUAGAGGAGACAAGAAACUUUGUUAAUAGGCUCUCUCUUGGCACCACUUUCAAUGGAAAGAGCCACAUUGAGCUUCACCCUCCAAGAGACCUUGAGGACAUUAAAGCGUUUACAGCUGUCAAUCUUCUCCUCAAUCGGCAUCACAAAACCCCGGCUAAGUCUGAUGUGAGACGAAAACGACACCAGGAUGAACACAGAGAUGGCAACCUGUUCGUUUUCUACCUGGGCAGCAAGAAUGCUUCUGGAGACUACAUUGGAAUGGCUAUCAGAAACACUGUGUUGGUUUGUGUCUACAAGUUGGGUGGAGUGGUUCAUGAGAUAGAAACCAGCCAAAUAACACUCGGAAGCGUGAACUCCUCAGCCGUUGACAGAGUUAUCUUCCACAGGGUUUACCAGGACGCUGAAGUGAACGUCACAAAGAACUUCACGUCAAAGGAGCGUGUCAGUCUCCCUCCUAAACGUAACCUCCCAAACACAAUGACAGGCGUCUUCGACUUGGAUCCAGGCAGCGUCGUUUUCUACGUGGGGGGCUAUCCCGAUUACUUCACUCCUCCAGUGGAGCUGCGUUACCCCAAGUACAGAGGAGCCAUAAAACUCUCCUAUCUGAAUGAUAAUCCUGUCUGCCUUUUUAACUUCAAACAUGCUGUCAAUAUGGAUGCAAAACAGCACACUGUGAAGAUUGCACAGGAAGAGGUGUCUGAUUAUUAUGAAGGAAGAGGUUACCGCAUGGCGUUCAUAAAGGAUCCUGACUGGAAAAAGAGGCGACUGUUCAGAUUUCACACAAACAGCCGAGAAACAAAUGCCUUGUUAUUCUACAUUGGAAACAACGAGUCCUUUUUCUGUGUGUUUGUGGAGAGAGGCUUCCUUGUGCUACAAGGUCAACAAGCUGACAGAGAGAUUAGACUUCGGAGUGCUGAAAGAGUGUCUCUGUUUGACACGCAGUUUGCAAUUGCCAUUGCAGAUAAAUUAAUUGUGUACUAUGGGCAAAAUACGGUCUCCACAGAUCACAUUCAAACAGACUACAUCAGUUAUUACAUUGGGGGUCUUCCAGCAGAGCUCAGAGAGAGACACAACAUCACAGCUGCGCCGCUCAGGGGAUGCGUGGAUAACCUGAAAGCAGAUGCUGAGAUUGUCGAGUACAACAGGACAAUAGGUGUCAGCAGUGGAUGUCCAGUCUCCUCACUGGGUGUUCGUGCAGCUACAUUGAAUUCGGCUCUUUCUGUCGAUUCUCUGUUUGCCUGGGACGAACAGCCAGUGAGAGUCUCGUUAGGCUUCAGGAGCACAGGCAAGCGGGGCGUUGUUCUGAAGAGCGGCUCUCAGGGCUCCGAACCUGUCCACAAUCUCCAGUUGUCCCUGGACGAUGGCUUUGUGGUUUUUCAUAGUUUUAAUUAUACCCUGAGGUCAAAUGAAAGGUACAAUGAUGGAGUCUGGCAUUACGUGUCUGCAGUGGGGAAGCCAUCAGGGCUGCUGCUUAGCAUUGACAAUGUAAAUGUGAGUCCGGCACAUUCAGAUCAAAUCAGCAUGCAAAGAGGAAAAUUCAAAGGCUGCAUUGCUAAUCUUUAUACAAGCAGGCCGAGUAUUUUACCUGCUGAUCUAAGCUCAUUAUCGCAAACUGGAGACAUUAUCUUUGGUCAGUGCAGUCAGCCUCCCCCACCGCACUCCACAAUGAAAAGGCCCCAGACGCACAACCUUAUUACGACUCCAGCUGGCAGUCAAUGUAGACCCCAGAGAGCAUACCAACUCUAUGAGAAAGACAGCUGGGUCAGUUACAACCUCCCACAAGAAAACCUUAAUUAUAGGCCUCACUUCUCUCUUGAUAUCAAUACCAAAUCGUCCAAAGGGCUCAUCCUCCAUGUCGCAGGAAGAGGAGCCGUCCCCCUCCUGGCUCUGUACAUGGCCAACGGCAAGAUCAAGAUGUCACUUGGUCAAAACAGAAUCAUCCAGCACAAGGAGAAGAGCAAUGAUGGCAACUGGCAUAGAGUUGAGUUCAGCGUGGAGAACAGCACUUUUCAUCUUCUGGUUGAUGGGAUCCGUGUGACUGAUGGCCGCUUACCAAAUAAUGAGGGAUCAUCUUUAGACCUGCACAACCCUGUGUAUCUGGGAGCUGGUACAAAAAGCAAAAACACUAAAGGACACAACAUCCCCACAGACAGCGUUAUCAGCUGUAUAAGGGAAUUCAAAAUGAAUGAUGUAUUUGUUGGUGCAGCUGAGGUGAGCCACAAAGCCUUACCAUGCUUUCAUGGGCUUGCAGAGGAAGGGACAUACUUUGGUGGCGGUCACAUCGUCUUAGAUAACUACUUCACCGUUGGCUCGCACUUUUUGUUGUCCUUCAAGCUGCGCCCUCAACACCUCACGGGUCUUCUCUUCCACGUUCAAAGUGAUAAGACCAGCCUUAAUGUGUUCUUAAUGGAAAACAAGGUGGGCGUCAAAGCAAAUGAUGGUAAUGGAGCUGUUAGUGUCUCAGUAACACCUCGUAAAAGCCUCUGUGAUGGAAAAUUUCACGAGGUUACAGUCUCCAAAAAAAGGAACGCAUUCCAACUAGUGGUUGACUCCGUGUCCAAGGAGAAAGCAGGCCCCAAAUCCACGUCAUAUUCAACGGCCCUGGAAUCGCUUCACAUUGGGGGGACAACAAAUCAAAAUGGAGCCCCUGUGCCUUCACCUUUUGUGGGCUGCUUGCGAAAUGUGAAGCUUAAUGGAAAGCCGGUUGCAUUUGAGAAAGCCUCCAGAGUGGUCGGUCCAGUGAGCAUCAACAGAUGCCCCGCAAACUAAUGAAAUACAUCAUUACAAACAGGGAUGGGAAUAGUAAACCUAGUUAGGCUGAAAUCAAGCAACACUUUUUCCAAUCUAACGGAAUUGUAUUUCUCUAAGCUUCAGUUCCUUUUUUCCACCACGGGAAUGUUUUCCUGAUAUUUGCUCAUUACAAAGCAAUGACGCCAAACUCAUGAUAGCGAGUUGUAAAUCACCUGCAAGCUUAUUUUCUACUCUCCCUACACUGUUCCAGACUCAUUGAUAUUAAAAUAGUCGCCCUGAAGCUGAAAACCUGUUACGGUCUACUUUUAUUUCCCCACAGAACACUGAUAAGGUGAGAAAACUGAUAGAGACUCAGUUCAAUGCAGCCACAACAGCAAAAUUUGCCAUAAAUUUAGCAGUGGAUUUUAAACAAAUCCAAUCCCAUCUAUUAGCUGCGCUAAUCACCCUGCCUCGCAGCAAGAAGGUCUUGCGUUUGAAUCCCGAGACUCUGUGGCUGUUCCCCAUGGAGUGUGCAUGCUCUCCCCAUGUCUGUGUGGGUUCUCACCAGGUACUUUGGCUUCCUCACACAUUCCAAAGGCAUCCAUGUUAUGUUAAUUGGUCAUUCUAAAUUGGCUGCAGGCGUGAGUGUGAAUGGAUGUUUAUCUAUCUGUGUUAGCUCUGUGAUCUGUCCACAGUGCAACACACCUCUCACCCAAUGACACCUGCGAUAAGCUCCGGCAUUACCAUGACCCUGACUUCCAUACACUGGAGAAAAUAGAUGAAUGAAUUUUAAACAUCUGAUAUAUUUAUCUGUCGCAAUAUCAGUCGCUUAACAUUAACACAAAACCUUAUUAAUCAGUAUAGCAAUAGACAGGAUCCAUAAGAAACAGCAUCAGUUCAUUCCCGUGUUUAAAAUUAAGGUAAAUAUUACAUACAUACGCACCUUACUCAUAUUAAUAGCCUUAAUUCUGCCCUACGUUUGACCAAUAGAUGGAGUGCUUCCCUUCAUGUAAUGCGAGCUGUUAGUUCACAUUUACUCUCAGCUGGUGAUGGCAGCAAAACAUUACCAAGAACUUGAAGGUGUCAAGGUUCAAGUGAAUGACAUGGAUGGAUUUCCCCCCCACAAAUUGCUUUUUAUUUUCUGUCUGUAGCAGUAGUGGUAGUUAGCACACACAGGCUUGAAGACUGUAUUCUGCCCUGUAAUUCAAGUGCAGUGUAAAGCUGCUCAAGUCAUAUGAAAUGAAGUUUGUCUUUUUUUGUUUAAUUUUAUUUUUGCCCUUUGAUAUAUACAGUUCACAAACAUAGAGAGUGGGUAACUAAGUACAGAAGAAAAUAUAUAGUUAUUAUAGUGUAGUUAUACUUUUAUUACGAAAAAUAUGAAUAAGAUCACUUUAAAUGUCUAAUAAUCUGCUCUACGUUUAAAAUAAGUGAGAUGUCAUAAAAAGUAAUAACAAUAAAUGUACAGCAGAUUAUUUUAAAUGAUACUAAACACUGCAGUCAAUUACAAUAAUGUGUAACAGAUAUAAAUAUAAAUGUAAGUAUAUUCUGAUAUAUUUGCAGUUCAUCAAUAUGCAUGUGAAACUUUACUUUAAAUGGUUGGCUAAUUAGAAGUGACUCAUAGAGGUCAUUAAAUGAGUGACAGAAUAUUUUAAAUGUCUAAGAAAUAGUCAUAAAUUAUUCUAAAUGUGCAAUAUGUAAAUUACUACACAUCCAAGCGGGCUGCAUUAAAUUACUAAUCAAUUAGGGUUACAAAUAGAUUAUUAUAUAGGCAACAGAUGACUUUUAACAAAUAACAGUUCAUUGUGAAUUAGUAUAGUACAGUUCUAGUAUUGGGACCCACCCAGUUUGCGUUGUCAGUGGUUAUUUUGCCCCUUAAAGUUGCUGGAUGUCAUCAAAUUGCUACGGUUUAUGGGGUGGCUGUAGGUCAGGAGGUUGAGCAGGUCAUCUGCUAAUUGGAAGAUUGCAGUUUGAUCCCUGGCUGCUCCAGUCAAAUAUCCUUGGCGUUAGCCCGCAUCCAUCAGAGUAUGAAUGUGUGUGAAUCUUAGAUAGAAAGCACUUAAGCAUAGAAAAAGUGCUUGAGUGAAUCAGAGGAGAAACGUGCUAUAUAAGAACAAGUCUGUUUACUAUUUACUGAUAGUUGCUUCCUGUGUGAAUGGUCCUUAAGCUCUGCUAAUGUGGAAAUGCCAAAAUAUGCCUAAUGGUCACUUGGCUGCCUCCAAAAAAGAGAAAGUGAGUCACACCCAAUAAACUGUUACAACAGCUAUAAACAUGUUUACAGACUUGUAGAAAAGACAGUUCUAUCCUCAACAUUUAAUUUCCCCUUAAAGUAACCGUAUGGGGGCACGAUUUAUUAAAUAUCCAUCUAUUCAGAUUCUGUUGAGGCCUAGCAUUAGAUUCAUGUGUUCACUUUAUUUACAGGUGGCUGUGGACCAUCACUGUAGAAAACUUCAUCUCUGCUCAAGUUGAAACACUGAACUGGACUGCACUGUAUUUGUGGCCCAUCCCCCCCAAAAUCUUAAUUUUUGCUGAGUAAAAUUAUUUUCUUUUUGUUUUUUUUAAUGUUAGUCUCUUUUCUGUGCUCAGUCAGUUGCUCAAUAAGCUUGCAUGACUUAGCUGAUAACUUACCACUUCGCCCUCAUGUCUAAAUAUGGAUAUUCUGGCUCAAAACGCAAUCACAGUGGCCAAAC